AUGUUUGAAUGGAAGCCUCCGGCCUUUGGUACUCCCGUCUGGAUGAGCAUCCCUGCCACAGACGUCAGCCGUGCUGCAGAGUUCUACAAGACUGUAUUCAACUUUAACUUCAAGGACUCCGACCACAAGAAACCUGAUGUGUUCAGGAAAUUCGACUUCAACCCCAGCCUGGGCUUGACAGGUGGUAUUGUACAGGCUCCUGACUACACUGGAAACAUCCACCCCGGAAAAGGAGGUCUCAUGGUUUACUGGUUUGUCGAAAACGUUGACAACAUCGGCCCCAUCAUUGAAAAGGCUGGAGGUAAAAUGUUGACCGAGAAGGAAAAAGAGGGCGAGCAUGGCCUGUAUAGGUUCUUUGAGGAUACCGAGGGAUCUGUUGGUGCUGUGUACCAAAUGGCUUGA